ACAUUUGCCAAGAAAGGGCUAGGGUUAGUGUUAGCUGGAAGACUAAAGGAAUAUUGGGUACAUUUAGGUGGUAGUAAAUACCAAAUGAUGAUGAGCUGAAUUAUGACAUCUACUCCUCAACUCAAGAUGACGCACAUGAUGUAUUCAUUUAUUGUAAAUCUGUCUCGAGAGAGUUUUGACUACACACCCUGUUUACCACAGUUUUGGGUCUGUUCUUACAGUUUAAAAAUUAAAUUUGUUAAUUUCAGUGGAUUAGUGAAACAAUAUGUGCUUUCUCUGGUUGUGCAAGUUUUUGGAUUAACACGUAAAUUCAGACAAUCCUUCCGUUAGACUGAGGUUCAAUGCCUGGUUGACCCACCUACAUAGGUUAAUAUAAAGUUCAGAUUCAACCAUGCAGUCACCAAAUUUCAGCUCAGGAGCAUUCUGAACAUCUCUACACACAGACGACAUGGAACCAAGAGCCUCCCACUACAUUCUGCUACUGUUGGUUGGCAUUUCCUUGGCGAAUCCUGUCAGGAAGCCUGGCCCUCCUGCAUUCCAACCAAUACCUGGAAAUGUUGACAUCACUUCAAAGUUUCUGGAGACCAACAAAGGAUCUUCCGAACACCUUCUUGAAGGAGAUCUGGUGUUUCCCAAAAUCAAAAAUGCUCUCUACUGCCUCAACAACAACAACAACUGUUUUUGGAAGAAAAACUCUAGCAACCUAGUGGAGGUCCCUUACAUACUGAGCAGUGAAUACUCCUCUAUUGACAUCUCAAUUAUUAAGAAUGCCAUGUCUACCUUUCACAACAAGACUUGCAUUCGCUUCAUACCCAGAUUAAAUCAAACUGAUUACAUCAGUAUUGAGAACAAAGAUGGGUGCUACUCUUAUCUUGGUAGAAUUGGUGGCAAACAGGUGGUCUCCUUCAACAGGCAAGGCUGUGUGUAUCACGGCAUCAUUCAGCAUGAGCUCAAUCAUGCUCUGGGCUUUUACCAUGAGCACACUAGGAGCGAUCGUGACAAGUAUGUUAAGAUCAACUGGGAGUAUGUCCCAACUGAUAAGGCAAGCAACUUCCAAAUACAGAACACCAACAAUCAAAACACCACAUAUGACUACAGCUCCAUCAUGCACUAUGGAAGAACAGCCUUCACCACCCAAGCUGGAAAGGACACCAUCACUCCCAUUCCUAAUGCAACUGUGGCAAUCGGACAGAGGCAGGAUAUGUCUAACCUUGACAUCCUUAGGAUCAACAAGCUUUAUAGAUGUGUUGUUUGAGAUAAUUGAAUACGGUUUACCCAUCCACAGAUUAUUAAUGUAAAUGGUGAUGGUCUAUGUCUUUCAUGGUUUUUCCUAAAUGAUGUUGGGGGGAUAAAGCAAAUAAAACUUCAAG